GCGACGUGAGUCGGUCAAGUUCCUCCUCUGUGCUGUUCCUGCGGAUUAAACAUGUCUUCCGUCGAUUAUUUGAGGCAGUUUGUGUGCGAGAGACUGACCGCCGCUGCUCAUGAGAUAUUCGGAGUGUUUGAACGAACUGUGGCCGAGCUUCAGACGGAGAUCCACCGUCAGCAUAAACUUCUGGACGUUCUUGUGAAGCCAGCGGAGCGCCUGGAUGCUGACAGCUCCUCGCUUCCUGUUAUCAUUAAAGCUGAAGCUGACAACUUCCGGGGUCCGCUGGAGGAAGACCACUUCCUUCCUCCACACAUCAAAGACAGCGGUGAGUCCCAUCCUGUGGGCAGCCAAGAACUUCGGGCUGACAUGAGUCCGCCACAGCUGGAGCAGGGUCGGCAGGAUUGCGGUGUCAGUCUGAACGUGGAGCUGCUCAGCUCAGCGGAGGGCCGGCCCGUUCACGCAGAGGGCCCGGUGGACCAGGCUCCCGGUUCCUGCAACACACCCUUCAGCUGCCGCCUCUGUGGAAAGACCUUCCGGGUGAAGCGCUACCUGGCGCAGCACCUGCAGUCGCACGAGGGAGAGACACCGUUCUACUGCUCACUGUGUGGAAAGUCUUUCCGGGUCAAGCGUUAUCUGGCGCAGCACUUGAAAUCCCACUGCAAGGAGAAGCAGUACGAGUGUGGCGUGUGCGGGAAGAUGUUCAGCUCCAGACAGAACCUGAAAGUGCACACCAGUCUGCACACGGGAGACCGGCGUUACACCUGCUCGGUCUGCGGGAAAUCCUUCAGCUACCCAUCGCUCCUCAAAUAUCACUCCAUGCGGCACAAACGUGAGGAGAAUUUGGGGGUUCAGAGUCAGCGAGGUGCAGAGGGCUGUCAGGCGAGUGAGGUGGGGCAGUCUGCUCUCAGUGACUGCAGGGACCUCCUGGCAUCUCAGUCGUGUUGUACUCCUUGAGAUUGGUUCAUUGUCUUACUUUAUUGUCUUAAUCUAUGUUUUGUUGUUUGUUUG